GGUUUUAGGGAUUUCCUCUGGAUCAUCCAAAAUGCUUUUAAAACAUAUUGGAUAAGAGCUGAGCCACUUCCAUACUUUCUGCUCCACUGUCUUCUGAUGGCAUUUUGACUGCAUCGAGGCCAAGUGACCCGCUGCUCAUGAUGAGUGAUGAGAAGAACCUUGGGGUAUCCCAAAAAUUGGUCUCACCUUCGAGGAGCACAAGUAGCUGCUCCUCCAAGCAGGGAAGUCGACAGGACAGCUGGGAAGUGGUGGAAGGACUGAGGGGAGAGAUGAAUUACACCCAGGAGCCGCCAGUUCAGAAAGGAUUUUUGCUGAAAAAGAGGAAAUGGCCCUUGAAAGGCUGGCACAAGAGAUUCUUCUAUCUGGAUAAAGGAAUCUUGAAAUAUGCCAAGAGCCAAACUGAUAUAGAGAGAGAGAAGCUACAUGGCUGCAUUGAUGUUGGGCUCUCGGUGAUGUCUGUAAAGAAGUCAUCAAAAUGCAUUGAUCUGGACACUGAGGAGCACAUCUACCAUCUGAAGGUAAAGUCAGAAGAAGCCUUUGAUGAGUGGGUAUCCAAACUCCGCCACCACAGACUAUUUCGUCAGAAUGAAAUAGCCAUGUUUCCACAUGAAGUUAAUCACUUUUUCCCAGGAUCCACCAUCACAGACUCGACGUCUGGGGUCUUGGACUCCAUUUCAAGUAGGAAGUGUAGCAGUAUAUCAAAGCAGAAUUCGUUUCAAACUGGAAGCAAUCUGUCAUUUUCUUGUGGUGGUGAGACACGAGUUCCAGUAUGGUUACAGUCUUCAGAGGACAUGGAAAAAUGCUCCAAAGACCUGGCUCACUGUCAUGCCUACCUGGUGGAAAUGAACCAGCUCCUACAAAGUAUGGACGUCCUGCAUCGGACAUAUUCGGCACCAGCUAUCAAUGCCAUCCAGGGUGGAGCUUUUGAAAGUCCCAAAAAGGAGAAAAGAUCGCACAGGAGGUGGCGGUCCAGAGCUAUUGGCAAAGAUGCUAAAGGAACACUGCAGGUUCCUAAGCCUUUUUCUGGCCCAGUAAGACUGCAUUCCUCCAAUCCUAAUUUGUCCACACUAGAUUUUGGAGAAGAGAAAAAUUAUUCUGAUGGCUUGGAAACCUCAUCAGAGUUUUCUAAAAUGCAAGAAGAUCUGUGUCAUAUUGCCCAUAAAGUUUACUUCACUUUAAGGUCAGCGUUUGAUACCCUAUCAACAGAGAGAGAGAAACUGAAGCAGCUGAUGGAGCAGGAUGUCUCCUCCACCCCCUCUGCCCAGGUCGUUGGUCUGAAGUGCGCCCUGUCGUCUGCCCUAGCACAAAACACAGAUCUUAAAGAACGCUUAUGCAGAAUCCAUGCUGAGUCUCUGUUCUUCGACCCCCCUGCUGCUGCCAAGUCGGGUGACAGCCUGGCAGAGGAAAACUCCAGAGAUGACAACCGAGCUCUGGUCCAUCAGCUUUCCAAUGAAAGUAGACUCUCCAUCACAGACUCUCUUUCGGAGUUUUUUGAUGCACAGGAAGUUCUGUUAUCUCCAAGCUCUUCAGAAAAUGAGAUUUCUGAAGAUGAUUCGUAUGUCAGUGACAUAAGUGAUAACCUUUCCUUAGACAAUCUCAGUAAUGACUUAGAUAAUGAGAGACAGACUUUGGGGCCUGUUCUUGAAAGUGACAGGGAAGCGAAGUCCAAAAGAAGAACUUGUCUGCCGGCGCCGUGUCCCAACACUGGUAACAUCAGCUUGUGGAACAUCCUGAGAAAUAACAUCGGGAAGGAUCUGUCCAAAGUGGCCAUGCCGGUGGAGCUCAAUGAACCUCUGAACACGCUGCAGAGGCUCUGUGAGGAGCUGGAGUACAGUGAGCUUCUGGACCAGGCUGCGCAGAUGCCCAGUGCCCUGGAAAGGAUGGUGUACGUGGCAGCCUUUGCUGUGUCGGCGUACGCGUCUAGCUACUUCCGAGCGGGAAGCAAGCCCUUUAACCCUGUUCUUGGAGAAACGUACGAGUGUAUUCGCGAGGACAAGGGCUUCCGGUAUUUUUCAGAGCAGGUCAGCCACCAUCCGCCUAUCUCUGCAUGUCACGCUGAGUCUAGAAAUUUUGUUUUCUGGCAAGAUGUGAGAUGGAAAAACAAAUUCUGGGGCAAAUCCAUGGAAAUUGUUCCCAUUGGCACAACCCAUGUGACUCUGCCAGCUUUUGGAGAUCAUUUUGAAUGGAACAAAGUGACCUCUUGCAUCCAUAACAUCUUAAGCGGGCAGAGGUGGAUUGAGCACUAUGGCGAGAUUGUCAUCAAGAACCUGAGCAAUGAUUCCUGCCACUGCAAAGUGAAUUUUAUAAAGGCAAAAUACUGGAGCACUAACGCCCACGAGAUUGAAGGUACGGUAUUUGACAAGAGUGGAAAAGCAGUGCAUCGGCUAUUUGGGAAGUGGCAUGAAAGCAUUUACUGCGGUGGCGCCUCCUCAUCCACUUGUGUCUGGAGAGCGAAUCCCAUGCCGAAAAGCCAUGAGCAGUAUUAUGGCUUCACACAGUUUGCACUAGAAUUAAAUGAAAUGGAUCCGUUGUCAAAGUCUUUAUUACCACCUACUGACACUCGAUUUAGGCCAGACCAAAGGUUUCUAGAAGAAGGGAACUUAGCAGAAGCUGAAAUACACAAGCAGAGGAUUGAACAGCUACAGAGAGAAAGGCGGCGAGUCUUAGAAGAAAAUAACGUGGAACACCAGCCGCGGUUUUUCAGGAAGUCCAACCAUGACUCUUGGGUGAGCAAUGGCACCUAUUUGGAACUUAGGAAAGAUCCUGGUUUUUCCAAACUGGACCAUCCUGUCUUGUGGUGAAAAAGCAAAGGAUACAUCUUUGUCCUUCUCCGUGUUUGCUUUCUGAAGCCACAAAUCUGUGUCUGUAUAUUUAAAAGAUAUUAUCUAGAAUGAUCACUUGUGCUUAGCUUAGCAUUAUAUUUAAGUACAUAUUUUCUUCAGUAGGUUUCUUUACAGUUUCAAAUGUUAUAAUGGUUGUUUAUAUGAAUGUAGAACACCUUGAUAUUUCUUUUUAUAUAUAAACUAUUUAAUAAAAAUGAAAGACUGAAUGUUAUUGUAUGGGUUAAAAAAGAAGCUUUAACACUAAUUUUCCAAAGGUUAGGAAAAUUCAAAUUAAAUUUAUGCCUUAUAAAAUUAUGUUGGAGAAAAAAAAUCCAUCUUUCCCAGGUGCAUUAAGAAAUGAGAAUAUCCAGGGUUACUCACCCAUGCGUAAGCUACCCAAGUUUAAUUUGGUAGCACAGAUAUUUUUUUGCCUCAGACAGCUCUUGAAUUGCUCCUACAGAAUAAUUCUGCUGGUGCUGGCGUCUGAAGAAUAUUUGCAUUUGCAUUUUGGUGAUUGGGAGGAUGGUAUAAGAUCAUUGGGAUGUCUGUUUUUAUGUAAGAUGGAUAUGGCACCUUCUUGAAGAGGAAGCAUUUGAGUUCAUCCUUCCCUAUAGUUUUAUUGCCUCGUGUGCAAAAUUGUACCCUGUUACUCAGAGAAAUUGUUGUUAAUCUGAGAAAUCCCCAUUAAGUAAAUGUUAUAAUGACAUCCCAGAGACGCAGUCGGAAAUUUCUCCAUAGUGAGAAGUGAAUCCUUGACAAGAAACCAUUUUCUGUUUCCUACUCCACCCCUAGCUUCCUCCCUCUCUGCCCAGUUUGACCACAUCUCUGUUGAGUAGGGAAUGUCCCAGUUUACUGUAAAACAUCCAGCACAUUCCACACAGCAGUUUGACUUCCUAAAAGUUUAGCAAAAUAACUGAUUGUUUUAAAUAACUCAACAUGUUUUCUUAAAUAAUGUCUUGGUAUUUUCUACCUCUUGAUAAGCACUGUAUUUUAGAUCGUGUAUAAAAAGUUUGACCAUCUGCCUUAUAGACAAAUGUAGAGAAUUGAUGUUCUUCCUUUGUGUUGUGUUCUGUUAAAGGUUUAGAUGUCUUAUCCCUUUCCUACACUUUCUUCUUACUCAUAUCACGCUUUUAUGAGUUUUGCAGCAGUCUUGAAUAGUACAGAUUAUGACUACCAAAUGGGGAAACUUUGUCUUUUUAAAUGUAUUGUUUCAAAGUACAAUAAUAGAAUUUGUGCAGUCGUUGAAUUGUGUUAUCAAAGCAGUUCCAACUUCUGCCCAGAUUACAUUAAAACCAAAGCCUAACUUUUAAACCUUUCGCUCUAAUGUUCAUAACAAUCCUAUGGAAUAUCAAGUAUAACGGCUUGGUAAAAAGAUUUCUCUGGAAAACAUUUUUAGAUAUUUAAACAAUUUCAGAAUGCUCUGAAUGAAAAGUAGAAUAAAUAACAGAAGAAAAGAAUGCGUGAUUUUUCAGUGUCACACCAAAUAACUAGUUGGACAGUAUUGCAUUUUCAAAAUGGAGAGUUAUUUUAAGUGGAUCAGUAGCCUUUUGGAAUCUGCAAGUGACUAGCAUUUUAAAACAAUAAAGGCUCAUAGAAUAUUACAUUCAUUCAUUCCAUUUUAUCAAGACAUCAAGAUGAACACAAUGUGAAUAUCAUUUCCAUUUCUAAGCAGUUAAAUGACACAAUCAAAUUCUUUGGUAUAUGCUCUGUUCUUUUCUUUUCAGGCCUGCAUCUAAAUUCUGCUUACAGAUGGGAAGAAGCAGGCUGUAGAUUUAAGGGUACUCAAGAGAAAAACAAAUCUAGUUCUCACAGUGUGAAGGUAAAUGCAGAAUUUUGGUAAUAUUGACUAUUAAAAUAGGCCUGCUCCAGAGGCUAGCUCAAAAAAGAAAAAAAA